AUGGAGCCCUCAACCACAACCACAGCCACAGCACCCACCCCUCUGCAAAGCAAGCUCGUGGAAUUCCGCGGCGCAGAGUACAAUGUCAUCAAGGAGGGUCUGGCCCAUAUUCUAAACCCUCCUUCACAAGAAGCCGCCUCCAAGGCUACUCGAAGAGACCUCAAGACCGAAGACGAGUCGCAGUCCGUCUUUUACAACCCCAUCCAGCAAUUCAACCGUGACCUCAGUGUUCUGGCCAUUCGCGCUUUCAGUGAACAUGUCGUUGAUCUGAAGAAGCAGAAACAUGACCUGAAGGCCAAGAAGCGCACUGCGAAUGGUGGGUCAAAGGGCCAGAAGCGAAAACGUGAGGAUGAGGGGGAUCAGAACCAGUCAAAUAAAAAGGGAGAAGUUGCUGAAAAGUCGGAGACAGAGAAUCCGAAUGAACAAGUGGAAGUCGAUGUCGAUGUCGAGGCCGUCGGUGCUACUGCUGCUCCUACUGCCACUGCCACUGCCACUCCCACGAAUGGAAAGCAAGAAGACUCUACCACCACACCAUCCCACCAAUUCACCAUCCUAGACGCCCUCUCCGCAACAGGCCUCCGUGCCCUACGCUACGCCUCCGAAAUCCCCCUUGCAACUAAGAUCGUCGGCAACGACCUCUCCCCCUCAGCAAUCCAGUCCAUGAAAACAAACAUCGACUACAACGAGCUGGGAAACCGCAUUCAACCCAACCUAGGCGACGCACGCGCCUACAUGUACACCCUCGGCCCAACCGAACGAUUCGACGUAAUCGAUCUAGACCCCUACGGCACAGCCUCGCCCUUCAUGGACGCCGCAGUCCAAGGCGUCAAAGACGGCGGUCUGUUGUGUGUUACCUGCACGGACGCGGGAGUCUGGGCUUCGACGGGGUACGCAGAGAAAGCCUUCUCUCUGUACGGUGGUGUGCCCAUCAAGGGCUCACACUCUCAUGAAGGUGGUCUGAGACUUAUCCUAAACGGUCUCGCCAUGUCUGCUGCCAAGUAUGGACUUUCUAUUGAACCACUACUUUCACUAAGUAUCGACUUCUAUGCCCGGACUUUCGUGCGUGUAUCUCGAUCGCCGGCGCAGGUCAAGUUCGUCGCGGGUAAUACCUUGCUGCACUAUAAUUGUGAUUCAGGCUGCGGGGCCUGGAGCAAUCAAUACCUCGCUUCGACGAAACAUAAGCUCGAUAAAAGAGGUAACCCCAUGAGCUACCAUAGUCUGGCCCAAGCACCGACUGCAGGACCGCACUGCGAGCACUGCGGUUUCAAGACUCAUCUCGCCGGUCCGAUGUGGGGAGGUCGUUUACACAAUCCGCAAUUCAUUCAGCGGAUCUUGUCAAUCCUGCCAACGCUGGAUAAGGAGGUUUAUCAAACUGUUCCCCGGCUUGAGGGUAUGCUUACCACGGCCUUGGAAGAGGAUUUGGAUCUUACACCAUCAUCUAUCAAACCUGCCCAACCUUCGUCAGAGAUGACAGAAUCCCAAUCCCAAGCCCAAUCUUCUUCAGAAUACCCCUCCAUAAUCGCCAAAAUGGACCCCUCCCUCCGCGACCAAUACCCAUUCUACUUCAUCCUCGGCGCGCUCUCAAAAGCCCUCCACUGCCAAACACCACCCAUCGACGAAUUCCGCGGCGCAAUCCACUCAAUCGGAUACAGAAGCACGCGCUCACACGCAAAGCCGAAUUCAAUCCGCACCGACGCCCCUUGGUCUGUUAUUUGGGAAAUUAUGCGCGAGUGGGUUCGUCAGCAUGCUCCCGUUAAGGAAGGGUCUAUUAAACCGGGGACUCCUGGUGCGGGGUUGAUGAGGAUGGAUCGGGGGAGAUUCAGUAAUGGCAGUGGCAAUGGCAAUGGCGGAGCUGAGGCUGAGGGCAGUGCCGAAGCUAGCGCUUGGCUAGCUCGUCUCAAAACAGACCUCCUUUCCGAUAUCGAGUCCGGUCGAGAUAUUUCUGAUCUCGUUACGAAGGUUGAAGCUUCGCUUUAUCGAUCGGGUCCUGAGACAUGCGCACCACCAGCAGCAAGAGAAGAAACAGGAUGGUCCUGCUGUGCCAAAGGCAAAGACUGCCGCAACUGCAACGCAACCACACCCGAGUACCCUGGACAUCCGCUUCGAUGCACAGUUAGGUCGGGACUCUUCGGUUUCACAUACUCAUAA